CCUUGACUAUCUUCUCGACCUCAUUGUAGUUAUCAAUGGCUUCUUGAGAAUCAGAGGUAAAGGAGAUCUUGUCCACAAUUCUUCUUUCUUCUUUGUGCAAACUCUUUUCAAGUUCAUUUUGGAACUCGUUGAUGAAGUAGUGCUUGCAGAGGCGAGGCAUCAUGUCAUGGAGCUCUUUCUUGAGUGCAUUGCAGUAGCAGUCUACUGCCUUUUACACCUCUGCAAUUAUUGAAUCUUCACUUUUGGGAAUUUCGCUUAGGUUUGCCCUUUACAGUCGAUGUUGAAGGCUUAUCUUAAUACAUAUCAUGUAUUGAGAAAUCUUUAUUAAAAGUUUUGGAAUUGAUCAUUCCUUCUUCAAGUGUAUCAUCAUUAGAGUUUUGGCCAUCCUGAGCUUCUUUUUUUUCUUUUAUAGGAUUUUGCGAAGCUGAAACAUCUUGAUUAGCUAAAUCUUCAGGCAAGAUACUAUUGUCAAGAGUGAUGAAAUAGUUUGUGACUUUCUCAGCAAAAUCCUGGUAAAGAUAUUUUGGUAGCCAUUAGUCAUUAAGGUUUUCAAAGUUUCGAGCAUCUCAGAAGGAUCAUGUUUUAGAUUCAUAUAAAAUUUGAAGUCAUAUCUAUCAAAAUCAAUGUUCUCUUUUCUCAUUUGUAGCAGCUCAAUGAUCUCCUCAGAAAUGCUAACAAACAGAGAGUUCAAAAUAUCUGUUGAUAUUUUAAUGAAUCUGUUACCAAGGCAAUAUUUACUUCCACAUAUUUUUACAAUUAUAUUUCUAAUGACAACUUUAAUCGAAGUCUUCACAUUCAGAGCAUAGUUCUUCAGAGGUUCUUCAAACUCCAUUACUUUUGCUUCAAUAAGUAUACUGAAGGCCCAUCGCUGCUCGAAAUUCUUUAGUGAUGGUUAUUAUAGUUUUGUACAAUUGCAUAAAUCAUCUCACCAGUGCAGUUUUUAAGCAAUCAAGCGGCUUGAUGUGCUUAUCGUAGCUUUAUCUUAUAACAUGCUUCACGUAGGCACCUCCAGAAAGCACUUUCUCAACUUCAUCAGGGUUUUCAUGCUCCAUCCAGUUGUGGAACUCUCUUGUGAUGCUGGUGAUUGCAGAGAAGAUCACUUCUGAGGCAUCUUCCUCAUUCUCACAUAUGUCAUGUCUUGAUAACAGAGCAAAUUUUUUAUUAUAUUUCUUGUAAGCAUCAAAGAUUUCUUCUUCAAAGUUUUGGAGGUUUUCAACUACACAAUCACAAAGAAUGUUCUGAAGUCAGUCUCUGAUCUUCUCAGUUCCGCAUCUCUUUAUUACAUCAUCAUAUUCAGAGUGAUUGCUGAACCAUUCAGUUUUGUGUCAAUCGUAUCUUCGAUGGUUUUACCGGAGUUUCGCUCAUCUUUGCUUCUACAUUUCAUUGUAUAAUAGCCUAGAGUAGUUUCGAAUUUGCUUCUAUCAAGAAGUCCCAGAAUGGAUUCACUCUUGUUCUGGUGUCCAAUAUCGAUCUUGGAGAGCACGGUAAUAGUUCUCUUAAAGCUCGGAUCGUGCUCUUUGAUAAUCGUUCUGAUAUAUGAGUUCUCAAAAUCUUCAUCAGAUCCAUGAACAAACAAGAUAAUAGUGUUUGAAAUUUUGACACACUUCUCAACCAUGGCUUCGAUCUUUUCUUUUGUGCUCUGGUCAAAUUUCUUGUCAACUUCAUGGAUCAUACCUGGGAGGUCUAGACAGCUUAAAGCAGCUUUGUUUUUAGUAUAUAUGUUAACUACCACUUCUUUGUUGGUUUCAAUAAUUUUCUUCGAUGUCCCCUCUCUACCCUCCUUGCUGUCUUCUUCAUCUCUUUGCUUUGUUUCUUCUUGGAUAGCUUCGUCACAGAUCUGUUCGACUUUGUCUCUAACCUCUUGCUCAUUUUUUGUUUCAAAAGAUUCUCCCACUUUGUAGCUGAUCCUCUCUACAUUCUGAUGAUGGACCUGGUAUCGUACACAAGCCUUAGUAGUAAUGCCUUCUCCUGAUGGCAUCAAAUCGACUCCAGUGAUGUUCGCAAUUAUUGGGCUUUUACCUUAGGACUGUUUGCCCAGUACAGCUAUCUGAGGUAAAUUGAUCUUGCCUU